GGUGCUUUGCAAGCAGCGUCCUGACACGUAAGAGACCCACGCAAUUUUUUUUUUUUUAAAGGAACAAGUUUCUUUCCAAGAAGUUGGAUGAAAACCCCUUGGAAUUGAUGCAGUUGCUCUGUAGCGUCUCUCCAAUUUACAACAACCUGGAGGUUCCUUAAAAAACGCACCGGGACGCUCCGGUAGAGGAGCCGACGCAGCGACAUGAGAUUUCCAAUCCUUGUUUCUGCCCUGCGGUCGAUUGGCCCGGUGGUAAUCGGCAUUUCUUUAGGAUUCACAUUGAGUCUCCUCAGUGUAAACUGGACUCAAGAAUUGUGUUAUGCGGACCAGAGUACCCCUGUGAGUCGUGAUGAGCAGUCCAAAGGAGCCCGAAAAAACAAUUCCAUUCCACCCGUCCACGACGAGUUGGAAGAGGAUUGGGAACCAAGAAUAGUGCCGUAUAAACCGAUUGAGCAGAGUAACCCAAAGAAAGUUUUCAGGGCCAAAUAUAUAAGUACAGAACUGGGGAUUCGCGAGCCUCUGUUUGUCGGAGUCUUGACAUCCAAAAACACCAUCAAUACCUUGGGUGUAGCUGUCAAUCGCACCAUCAGCCAUCAUCUGGACACCGUGGUCUUCUUCACCGGCACGUACAACCGUAAAGCGCCCCACGGAAUGUUUGUAGUUUCACACGGAGAUGAAAGACUGAUCUGGAACAUGUUUCAGACCAUGAGGUACAUUUACGAACAUUAUAUCAACACGUAUGACUGGUUUUACUUCGUCCAAGAUGACGCUUACACCGAAGCCGACAGAAUCAAAGAUCUUGUUGGUCACCUGAGUAUAAAUGAAGACGUUUACAUGGGCGGUCCAGAGGAGUUCAUAGGCGAGGAGAUGGAAGGGAGCUACUGUUACGGAGGCUUUGGCUACCUCCUGUCUCGAACUUUGCUGCUUCGACUUCAACCCUUCCUGGAAAAUUGUAGAAACGAUAUUCUGAGCGCCAGGCCUGACGAGUGGCUCGGGAGAUGCAUCAUCGACUACACGGCUACUAACUGCGUCAGCGACGUUCAGGGGCUCCACUACCACCAUUAUCAGUUGGAGAAAAAUUCCGAUCCAAGCAAAGAGCAGAGUGAGCAGUUUCGAAGAGCUCUGACUGUCCAUCCAGUGUCUGACCCUGAAGAGAUGUACCGUCUGCACAGACACUUCACGGAGAUUGAACUGCAGAAGACUUACGAUGAGAUUGCUAAGCUCCAGGCAGAAAUAAAAAAUGUCAGCGCUGACGCUUUUGACGGCAACCGGAGUGCACAGUGGCCAAUAGGAAUCAACCCACCUUUUGAACCAAAGUCUCGCUACGAGGUUAUAAAAUGGGACUACUUCACCGAAGAUGACAUUUAUUCAUGCAUCGACGGAUCCCCCAAGUGCGAUCUGCAUGGCAUCGACCGCAUGGAUGUGGCUGAUGUCAUCGACGUAGCUGUCAAGGAGCUGAACGAGAAGUACAACCCAAUUUUGCACCUGAAGAAGCAGCGCCUGAUUAACGGCUACAGACGCUUCGACCCUACCAGAGGCAUGGAGUACACGUUGGAUUUACAACUGGAGGCGGUCACCCGCAAAGGUCACAGUCGUUCUAUCACCAAGCGUGUUCAUCUGGUUCGACCUUUGAGCCAGGUGGAGAUCAUUCCCAUGCCGUACGUCACGGAAGGUACGAGGGUUCACGCCAUUAUACCGAUGACCGCGGUGGAUCGGGACUAUGUGGAGCAGUUCUUCAAAGUCUUUGCCGCCAAUGCUUUUGAAACGAGUGAAAACAUCAUCCUGACCUUUCUAUUCAUUUAUGAUCUGGUGGAGGCACAGCAAGUUAACCAGAAUGACAUAUUUGCCAGCGUCAAGACUCAGAUAAACCUCUACGAGCACAAAUACCCUACAGUGAAAAUCCCUUGGAUAAGCGUGAAGACAGAAACGCCAUCUCAGAUCAAAUUCAUGGAUAUCAUCUCCAAAAAACACCCAGUCGACACACUUUUCCUCCUAGCGAGCGUCAACACCAAAGUCAAUUCAGAGUUUGUCAACCGCUGCCGCAUGAAUUCCAUCAACAACUGGCAAGUCUUCUUCCCAAUCCAUUUCCAGGAUUACAACCCCGACGUGGCCUAUCACAACAAGCCACGCCCGACCACAAUCGACCUGCUGAAGGAUUCGGGACAUUUCGAUCGCUGGUCAUUCGACGAAGCUUGUUUUUACAACGCCGACUACAUGGCGACGCGCACGAAAAUGGUCGCAGACGUCCAAGAGAACGAGGAUAUCCUCGAGACGCUGGACAUCUAUGACAUGUUUGUGAAAUACUCGGGGUUGCACGUAUUCAGGGCGGUAGAGCCGGCUUUGCACCAGGGCUACCGCGACCUCACCUGCAACCCACGGCUCAGCGAGGACAUCUACCACAGGUGUGUUCAGAGCAACUUGGAAGGCGUGGGUUCUAGCUCCCAACUCGCAAUGCUGCUGUUUGAACAAGAACAAGCCAACAGCACAUGAGAGCCAAACCUCUUUGCUCAAGCGGGGCGUGAAAAGCUGUGUAUCUUCAAAUGGAUGUCAGGACAAAACAAUUUCUAUGCGUCGGAAUAUAACGGCGACGCUGAACAAAUCAAUCACGUUUACAACACCAUUAAGCACAUCGAGCAAUGCACCGAGAACAACUGAACUUAACUCGCUGCAAUGAAAACAACUGCGCCCCCUGGUGUCCGGAAGAUAUUUCAUAUAUUGUCCCUGUUACGGUUUGGCACUGGCUUGCGAAAUCUCACUUGCUACCUGAAAGCUUUACUUUUGUUGUGAAAGAUGAAGUUAUACAACAGUGCAUUUUCACCGCAAAAGGAAUUUCCAACCGCCUGCCACUCAUGAACACUAGUUGCACAACCCCUCAGUGGCAUUCGGUCACGGUUGCUCGAUGUAGGGCAGGGAAGUAGCCAGAACCGAAGGACAGGCAUACCAUUCACAUUUCGCAAUAUUUGACCACUAUGUUAUGGAAGCAGGGUUUUUUACGAUUGGGUGUGCCCAGUCACACACCCUCAUUCUCUGCACCUAUAUGUUUCCACAAUAACCAGGAUCUUGAUCUGGGUUUUGUGCUAUUAGGUCCUCUCUUUUUUGCACUAGGGGCCAGUCUGCAAUUGUUUGCGAUGGACAGAGCAUGGCUGCUUUGGUAUAAGUUUUCGUGUUGGUCAGUCCGAGUUAACCAAACAAGAUAUUUAAAAGUGGUUUGCACUGUAACAGUCUUCAGGCCUGCACCGUCACUGACCAAAAACACAAACAUUGUUUUAGUAAACACAGUCCUUUGCUAGACAGUUACCUUCUAUUCUUCGUCUGUAGUUAUGCAUCAAAAUUGCUGUAAUUGUGCCUUGAAACUGAAUGUUCCAACAGAUGGUUCUUUUUAAAGUCGUAUUUAUGUUACAUAAUAGUUUUGCCAUUCAGGUGCUGAAGUUGUGUUUUUCAUCAGUCGUUUGAGUUGGUACGCCACACUUAGCCGAUGCAUGAAGCUGAGUCGGGAUGUUGCAAGACCUUUUGAGGGCAAGCGCCUCUCCACAAGUUAUGUAUGUGCCUCAAACCAACGGACUGGAGCAUUUCCUGCCCGUCUUUGGUAUGUAGUAUAUAGGGGCGUGUGUACAUUUGACUCUAUAUGACUAAAGAUGUGCUCACAGGAAGCCUGGAAGAACUGAAUAUUUCCCAAGAGAUUUUCUGGAUGAGGUAGAAAUUCUUCAUGCCAGCAUUGUUUGACAACAUGUGUUUAUGUGGUUUGCGAGGACUAAUAUUUGAACUCGCCAAGGUUUUAAUGAGUCCAAUUUCAUUUCCAUUGUCCAUUGAAGUUCUCGCGUAUCAUUGUCCUCUUUUGUUAUAGUUACAUUUAAAGUAAGUGCAAAGUUUUAAUAGAACAAUUUUACUGCAACGGUGUUAGAAUGGUAGCAAUGGACGCAGGAACGUUUUUAUUUCCUUUUAAAUAAAGAAGUUACUUAAAAAGUGCAAUAUUGCUGCUAUCGCCACUGUUGAGUUACCAGAUGGAAAACAUUGGCAUUUACUUGAUAUUACCGUAUGGUACUUUUUUUUUUCCCUCCACCCUCAUCGAAUAAAAGAAUCAGGUACAAGGGAUUCAAAGUAAUCCAUGCUUGGCAAGUUUUUCAAGAUUGCUCUAAAUGCAAUGAUUUGAUUUACUUGUGCAAGUUUGCGUGCAGAUGAUGCCCCACAGCAUGCGUCUGGAGAUCGGCCAAUUAUUAAUUAGAUGGCUUCUACUCGGUUGGAAAUGCUGUAAGAAGGCGAAGAGCUAGAAAUAUAAGCACCGUUUUUUUUUUUUUCUUCCUUACUGUGAUUCAUGCAAUGAUUCAUUCACAAUAAUAAUCCCACACAUUACGAUGUAUGACUACGAUGAUUUAGGUCUGUCUUUUAAAACUGUUUUGCUGUAUUUUUCUUUGAACUAUUAUAUCUGACCAUGGGGUCAUUUAACUGUCAAGACAAUGCUCUGCUGAAUGUUUUCCCACAAAGAGCAUGAAACAAUGAACCAAUAUUUGUUAACCUUCCCAAAACCACUGUGAAUUUUGGCUACAACAAAAUGAUCUGUGUGUGUUCACCAAAGCCAACAAAGUUGGACUACGUUAAACUAUGCUGUAGACUGUUUGAUCAUAACGCACACAUUUUUUUGGAAACUUUUUUAAAGCCUUUGUAGUUCCAUCCAUCACUUCACGUUAUCAGAUGAUGAACACUCCCUUGUUGUUAUUUGUUAUUAUUAUUGUGGCAUUUGGCCUCGAUGACCAUUUAAACAUUUCUUUUGUUUUCUGUUACGUAAUAUGUCCAAUACCAUGUUUUUUUUGUUUGUUUUUUCCAUCUAGAUUAUUGGAACCAAAUGUGUUUGAUUUUUACUGGUACCAAUCUAACCAAAGCAAGUGAAACAAGAUGCGUUUUUCAACAUGUGCUGUAAUCACCAAUCAAAUGUGAAAUGUAUUUUUCUUUUUUUAAAUUAAACGUGUUUUAUGAUUAA